AACAAAACCGGAAAAAAAUAAAAAUUGAACGGGUCGGUUGUGGGCUGUUUCUGUUCGAUUGACUGUUUUUCCGUACUUCGCUUUAGCAACACUCAAGAACCUACACAUGAAUGCUUUACUUUUGGUUUGCUGAAGUAAAGAAAUUUAAUUUGUUGUGCCACGGAAUAUACAAGACGGACUAGAGUGAAUCGCGAAUCUUUUGAAGAAGUCAAGAAGUUUGUGAAACAAAUUGAAUGAGUUGAGCGUCGUCGUCUUCCUUUGAUCUGCCGCGAGUGUUCACCGACAAACGAAAGAGAAAGAGAUAAGAGUGCGAUACCAUUAUCAAUAAUCCCAGAACCCAUCAUGUCGAUCUCGUGCAAAUGCUCGAAUUUUGUGGCUACCUCGUCCAAACUGCAGCAGCCCAGCCGCUCUUUUGACGUAACGGCGGAAUACCGUUUGGCAACCAAAUCUGGAGCCGGUGUUCCUCUGUCGACCGAGCUGUCGCAGGUAUUCCAGCAAAAGUAUCCCAGAGAUUUUCCAUUCUACACGGAGUUUAUGAAUUUCUUCAAGCAUGCUCUUGGACCCAUUUCAGACCUCAACGUGAAUGUGAUAAAUCAGCACGCACUGCUCUAUGGCCUCACGCUCGAUGCGGGCGGAGAGAGCUGGCAGCUGAGUUUCUGCUACAAUUGCAAGGAUGUCUUGUGCGCCAAGCGCCUGACUGCCGGAGCGGGAGCCACACCCAACCAAUACCUCAUCAACAGCACGCUGCUCAGCAACGGCGAGGAGCUUGCCCAGCGACGCGGCCUCAAGUCCUAUUCGGAGACAUUCCAUCUGCUGAUCAUGGAGCGCACCGACAACAGCGGUGCCCUCUCCCCGCCACCAACUGGGGCCACCACGGGCAUGGUAGACUCGUCGUCGAGCUUCAGCAUUGGCUCGCUGGCGGCCAAUCCGCUGGACACGCAGGGGCAGCGCCUGCGACAGCUGCUCGCCGACAAGCAGGCGCGACAGCAGGAGGAGAUCAAAAACACGAACGAGCGCAUCGAGCGGUACGCGUACACAGAGUUCGAGCGGCUGAAGAGCUUCCGGGAGAAGGCGGACCAAGACUGCGCCCAACUGAUGCAGCGCAUUCGGCUGUUGCCGGACAAUGUGGUCGAGCUCCUUGACAGCGGCAUGACCCCCGAUCUGGAGGUGAAUUGGCUGCCCAGUGCAUCCGGCGCCAGGCGUCGUAACACGAUAAGCAGCCGUCGGGAGCUGAGCAACCCCACUACGCCCACCACCACCUUAAACCAUCCCCCCAGCUUCCUGGCGUUGAAUCAGCCGACCCAACAGCAGCAGCAGCAGCUGCAACCCUCACAGCCAACGCAGCCCCAGCUGCAGCCAUUGUCCAGUGCCGCUUCCUCCUCGAUGGCCAGUGCCAGAUUGAGGAAGAUGUCCAACUUUGAUACGCCGCCCGCCACGCCAGAAGCCACGCCCAUGAGCGUCGGCAACAGUCCCACCUUUAGACAGCAGCAACAGCAGUCGUCGGUGGCAGCUGCCCCGCACCUGCUAUCCACCCACGGCGAAGGAGGCGGCGGAGUCACCGCAAAUGGGGCGGACGAUGCUGAUGACUGCCUGUUCGACCUGGAGGAUGUGGAGGAGUACACCGACCCGCAGCCAGUGCCAUCGUCCAUCGGAUAUGGACAUAACCUGAUGUACCAGCGGGAACACAGCUUCCAGCCGCAGCAGAACCGAAUGGUCGAUGAUCUGGACGAGGCUGACACAGCCGAUGAGGCGGAGGAUGCCCUGGAUCUGGACAGUUCCAUUUCCAUACCCGCGGGACGGGGUGGCCGUCCAACGCCGGCCCAGCUGAUGAACUUUGCCAGGAGUCUGCCCAUCGAGAUGCCAAACUCGACAAUCGCGGAGCGGGCAGCAGCCGCCAAUAAUAACAACAAUAACUUUGCAUUGGGCUGCGAGGAGGGUCUCGACAACAUUGAUAUAGCGGCCAGCAUUCAGGCGCUGACCAAGAGCGUCCAUGGCGAGGCUGUGUUCGGGGAUCUGCCGCGUCCCCGACUGCGCUCCCAGAUCGAGGGCUAGCGCUGGCAGGAGCAGCCGCCACAAGGAGCAACGGGGAGAGGGAGAUGACGAGUCGAGAACCACCACUACGUACACAUACUUAUAUUAUAUAUACCAUAUCCAUAUAAAUCAGUUUGAAUACCGCAAAGAGCCCACAAAAACACAGACACACACAGCUAGACAGCCACAACCUCGGAUUGGAUCCGAAGGGGAACAGCAACCACAACUAAACAUAGACCAUAAUAAAGCCAAGAAAUGCCAUCUUGGAGGCAUUUGAUGUGCCUGCCAA